GCCUUUGUUGACUCCACUGGAGGAAGAGCAAGAUGUCUGGGCAGGGCGUGGACGAUUUCAUUCAGCAAAACAGAGCUGUGGCCGACCAGGUGGAGACGUAUCGGGGUUACUGGGAGAGCGACAAACACUGGGAGCCCCGGAGGGAGUUCAUUCUGCGGAACAUGGGCGACUUCGACGACGAGCAGCUAGACCACCUGCUGUCCCUGUCCAUGGUCUGGGCCAACAACGUUUUCCUCGGCUGUCGGUACAACACAGAGCUCCUAGAGAAAGUGAAAGAAAUGGCAGAAGGCAUCGUGGUGGAGGAUGCACCGGUUUUCAAGACAAGAGAUGAGAUUAUGAAGAAGCAACAGGGUCGAUGAUCGGGCCUGUCGUUUUGAUGGACUCAGCUGUGAAGCACAUACAGGAUGUGCUUGAAUCAAAUUGGACCACAUUUUUAUGGUUUUUACUGUCCUGCCUCAUUUUUAUUGGACUCUGAAAAAAAGUGUUAACAUCAAAAAUGUUUUUGCGAAAAGCAGAAAGACUGAGAUUUUUUUUUCUCAUCCAUUUCUCAACAUGAUUU